AUGGUGAUGAUGAAGUCGCGCAACGAGCAGGACCAUCAGUUCCAGAUGGACAAGUUCUUGCAUGGACUCAGUGACCACAUCACACAAACAGCAGCAGAGUGGAAAACACAAGGCCCAGAGGUCGCGGCGUCUCUAAUCGCUGCUGUGCUUGAUUUUAGCAAAGACGACAGCCCUAUAUGGCUGAUGUAUAGAGAUUACAUGGCCAUGGUGAAAAAGAAGCGGCCCUCCACUGAGCCUAUAGACCAGGAACAACUUGAUGUCGAGGAUGCGAACAUCUGA